CGGGUCUUGAAGAAAUAAGAGUAGAAUAUAUUUGUCUUUUAACCUAAAAGCAAUGGCCAAAGUCGCAUUUUUCGCUGUUUGUGUGGUGGUUGCUGUUGUUCAGUCGUUCGCCGGUGAUGUUGAUGUUAUCCACCAUCAAACUUACAAUGGUAUUAAUGGCAUAAGCAUCCGAUACUUUCGUCGCUACAACUCUGGUUACGGACAAGGAGGCUAUGGUUUCCAUGAAUAUGAUGGUAAUGUUCAACCUCAUUAUGGUGUUAAUGGUUACGGAGGCUACGAUCACCUUAGACACGAUAUAUAUAAUAACCCAGACGAUCGUUACUCUGGAUACGGAAAUUAUGAUCACCCAGGAUACGGUGGCCAAGUUUACCCAGUUCAUCAUGUCGCUGGUGGUUAUGAUUAUCCAUUUUAUUAUGGUAAUGCACACGAUGGUUACGGAUAUUAGUCUUAUUGCUAUGAUCAAAAUUCACCUUUAGCUAAAUGGUGAUAAUCUGAUAAACUGUAUGUUACAUGUUACACUUAUGUAUCAUGUUUUUGUAAUGUUCAGUAUAAAUUCUUUAUUAUCUGAAGAUAACCAAAGAUAUCAAUACUUAUUGUUUCAUGUAACUGAGACACUUUUAUUAUACGAAUGAAAAACACUUAAUAUACGCUUCUAGCUAUCACAACUGUGUUUAAAUACAUGCUCUAAUUUCAACUUAUUUA